CGCGGCAGAGGGGGGCGGGGCUACUGCUGGUGCGGCCCCGAAGCCUGCCCAAUCCAAGAAGAAGAGGCCUCCAACUGACGGUCAGAAGAAAUUGACUGAGGCCGGCCUGAACGUCACCAAGAAGACGAAGAGGGCACCGUCUCCUUCCCAUGCUACUGAGGCCGGCACUCUGACCGUCCCAAGUGUGGACGAUAGUGGUCCCGUUGUGGAUCUCACUGCUGCGCCAAGCGAUGCUGCCCAAUCGCUCCCUCUCGUCCAGGAGCCACGGACGAAGAGGGCCGGCAAGGAGAUUGCCGCCGCCACCUACCAGAAUAUGGUGGAAUACCCCAUCGGCGGGGGUGUUUUUGAUGAUGUCGUCCUCGGCCACGAUGUGCUGGCCCAGGCCAUGCCGGCCAAAGAUAGGGCCUACCUGAAGAGGCUCGGGGACGUCAAGGUGUAUGAGGGCGGGAUGGACCUCCUCGUCCAAGGUGCCUUCAUGCUCAUUGAGAGCCACAAGAGGCAGUACCGGGAGAUAGCUCGUCUGAAAGAGCUUGAGCAGAAAGCUGCCUCGGCCGAUGAGGCGGUAGCUUGCUUGGAUCGGCUCCGGGAGGAUGCCAAGGCCUUGCAACAGAGGGCCGACGAGGCCGCUGCAGCCAGGGACGAUGCCCUGGCCAAACUCGAGAAGAGCCAAAGGGCGCUUGAGGCCGAGCGGCGCAAAAACGAUGAAGCCGUGAAGGCAAAAGCUGGGGCCGAGGCUGCCACUGUGAAGGCCGCUGAUGAGGCCGUUAAGCAGUUCCUGGCCGAGGGGUGGAAGGCCGAUGAGCGGCUCUCCUGGUGCUAUGAGGUGGUGGCCGCUAAGCUUGAAGAUUGGGGGAUGAACUCCCCCGCCGGCCAGGAGUAUUUUAGCAGGGAGAUGGCCGUGUACUAUAACAUGGGCCAAGAGCGGAUGCAGAGGCUCCUGUGUCGGCGGCUAUCCCAUGCUCUUAAGGCCAUGAAUUAUACCUCCGGGUGGGCUAGACGGAACUUGAAGCUUCCCAAGCUGAUGAAAGAUCCCGAGGAGCAGGCCAAGCUUCCCCUGUCGGAGCGGGAGUCCCCCAUCGAGAGUUCCGGUCUCGGCGAGCCGGAUUACACAGAGUUUGACUUCCUGGACGAUGCCACCAGUUCUGCGGCUGCUGCUGGCCAGGAGACUGAGGCCGAGGAGGGAGCCGAAGAUGUCGAAGAGCCAGCCGAGGAUGGAGGCGCCCAAGAGGCUUGAUCGGCUACUCCCCGCUCCCUUGUAAUUAGUUUUUUAUUUUUGCCCAAUUGAUGUAAUGGCCGAAGCGCC